AAGCUCAUACGGACCCCCAAAGACAUCUAUGGUCUGUCCUUUGCCCCCACAGCCCCACAUGACUCUGCUUCUUUCUCUCUUAAAAUUCACCAUAAAUACCCUAUACAAUCCUCUUCAACCUCUUCACACCCACUCUAACUACUCUCUAACAUUUUCUUUUCUUCCCUUCUCCGCUCAACAACUCAGAAAACAAAAAUGGCGAUCAGGAAAUCAACCAAGUUGUCUCAGACAGCAGUUCUCAAACAGAUCCUUAAGAGAUGCUCAAGCUUAGGUAAGAAACAAGGGUACCAUGACCACGAGGGCCUUCCUUUAGAUGUCCCCAAAGGACACUUCGUUGUUUAUGUUGGUGAAAACAGAAGCAGGUACAUUGUCCCAAUCUCUUUCUUGACCAGACCUGAGUUUCAAAACUUGCUUCAACAAGCUGAAGAAGAAUUUGGAUUUGAUCAUGAUAUGGGUCUCACUAUUCCUUGCCAAGAAGAAGUUUUUCAGUCUCUAACAUCCAUGCUCAGAUGAGGGUUUUAAUCAGUUCAUUUUAUUACAUUGUUCAUGUCUUAAUUAGGCACUGUUUGGAGAAAAUUAUUGACUGUAGAGAUGAAGCUGCUUCAUUGCUUCUCUGGGUUAAUUUUCUCUUUUAUAAUUAUUUCUUUCUUUGGUUUUUUUUCCACCUUGACUCUGACCCAAGAAAGAAGACAACCCCAUGAAUGGUAUCUGGGUGUUUUAGAAAUGUAAAUCUCCAAGUUUGUAAUUUUUCCCGACAGUGGUGUGGGGUUUGUUAACAAACAGCCACCAACGUUGUACCCUGUGGGAAGUGAACUAAUAGUAUUAGGAACAAAUUUUCUGUUCUUUUCACUCU